GGAGAGAGAAGAGUGGAGUAGGAGUCAGUGAUUCCAGUGGGUUCCCUGCAAAGACCCCACCCUUUCUCUCUUUCUUAUUACAACUUUGAUUUCAUUUAUUUUAUUUUUGGAAAACCAAACACAACCCAGAGGACAUGAGACAGGCCCUGCAAGGACAAGAUUUUGUUUGUGUGUACUAUAGAGGAUGAAGAACUUCAAAAACUGAUAAAAUUUACUUAAGUCAGAGAUAGAGGCUAAUAAAAAGCAAAAUCCAAAACAAGGAGAGAGCUUCAAAUCAAAUCAGGUUGGUUUUCUUCGCACAGAAGGAGAGAGAGGUAAGGAAUGGAAAGCAAGAGAUAGAGACAUCAUCCAAGAAAGAUCAAAAGUUGCAAAGUGAAGAGAGAGAUAUCUGAGAAAAAGACUUGUCCCUCUUGUGGCAACUUAAAUAUACUUUGACAAGAAAGCUUUGAUCCUCUCUCUCUCUCUCUCUCUCUCUCUCUCUCUCACUCUUGGGUUUUGCUCCUAAACAAACUGAGUUUCCCUGUUGGAGAAAAAAGAUGGAAAUGGUGUAAAAGAGAGUCUUAUUGCAUGGCGAGCCACGGGGUUGGAGAGACUGGUUUAUCAGAUUCAGGUCCUUCUAAUCACCAUCUCCCUUAUGCAGCUAUUCAUGGAAUCAACCCUCCAUCUACCAGUUUCUUUAAUCAAGAAGGAUCUCCUUUUGAUUUUGGAGACCUGGAAGAAGCUGUUCUGCAAGGAGUUAAGAUUAGAAAUGAUGAAGCUAAAGCACCUUUAUUCAGACCUGCAGCUACUCUGGAAAUGUUCCCCCCAUGGCCAUUAAGAUUCCAACAAACACCAAGAGUAGUAGUUUCUUGGCUUGCUUUCUCCGUGUUUGACUAUGUCUUUUGUCUUUUGAUAUGGGGAAGUUCAAAGUCAGGAGGUGAGAGUAGUGACUCAGGAUCUCCAGUAAACACUCUUUCAAGCAAAGCUGCGGCCCAGCUGGACCCAGAAUCUCCUAUCAGCAAAAAGGCAUCUCCUUCAGAUCAUCAGGCUUUUGAUCAGAAGCAUCUACAGCUUCAACAGCACCACCAACAAAUAGAGAUGGCAAGUGAUACCUCAAGAACAGGAGGACCCUCAGAACUGAAUCCAUCAUCUGCAAACACACCUCAAGAAAAGAGGAAGGGUUCAAUAUCAGAGAAACAGCUUGAUGCAAAGACAUUGAGACGUUUAGCUCAAAACAGAGAAGCUGCAAGGAAGAGCCGCCUAAGAAAGAAGGCCUACGUGCAGCAGCUAGAAUCUAGUAGAAUAAAGCUCACCCAAUUAGAGCAAGACCUCCAAAGAGCCCGUCAACAGGGAUUGUUCUUAGGCGGUUGUGGUGGUGGCGGCAAUAUAAGCUCUGGAGCUGCAAUAUUUGAUAUGGAGUAUGGAAGAUGGUUAGACGAAGACCAAAGACACAUGUCAGAGCUCAGAACAGGGUUGCAAGCACAUUUAUCAGAUGGUGACCUAAGGGUUAUAGUAGAUAGAUACAUUUCUCAUUAUGAUGAAAUUUUUCGGCUGAAAGGAGUGGCUGCUAAAUCUGAUGUGUUUCACCUUAUUACCGGAAUGUGGUCUACUCCCGCCGAGCGUUGCUUCCUCUGGAUGGGUGGUUUUAGGCCUUCAGAACUCAUCAAGAUGCUAACGUCUCAGUUAGACCCAUUAACACAGCAGCAACUGAUGGGAAUUUACAGCCUCCAACAUUCGUCGCAGCAGGCAGAAGAGGCUCUCUCCCAGGGCUUGGAGCAGCUCCAACAGUCUCUAGUUGACACUAUUGCUAGUGGUCCAGUUGUUGAUGGCAUGCAGCAAAUGGCAGUGGCCUUAGGGAAGCUUUCAAAUCUUGAAGGCUUUGUUCGCCAGGCUGAUAAUUUGAGACAGCAAACCCUUCACCAACUGCGCCGGAUAUUGACAGUAAGGCAGGCUGCUCGGUGUUUUCUGGUGAUCGGAGAGUAUUAUGGGCGGUUACGUGCACUAAGCUCCCUCUGGGCAUCUCUCCCUAGAGAGUCCUUGGUUGGGGAGGAGAAUACAUGUCAAACAACAAGUGAUCUACAAAUGGUUCAACCACCACAAAAUCAUUUCUCAAACAUUUGAAGAGAAGAAGACAGCGGCCUGAUUUAAUUAGAGCUUAAAAAGUUAUUGAAUUUUUCUCAUAAAUGAAUGGGUAUGCUGUUGUUAUAGGUUUAUUAAUUAAUUUUAGAGGAUUUUAAUUUAUUUUUUUUUACCAUUAAUAUCUUUAAGAUUAUUAUUAAUUAC